UUUUCACCAAAUUGCAGUAAAGGUUUACGCUUUUGAUUUCCUAGAUCCAGUUAAACCACGAACACCACUGAUAUAGUUUGCUAAUAAUGGAAGGCAUCAGCAAACCAGUUGGCUUCGGAGAGAAUAAAGAGAGUAUGGUGAAAAGGGAGUUAUCUGAUGAAGAUCUUUUUGUUUUAGAAUCUCGGCUCAGUGAGUCUUCUAGUUCAGCUAACUUGACCAACUCUCCAUCACCUCCUCAUAAUUCUAAUCUAUCCAAUGGACACUCUAUCAAACCUACCAUAACAAGGACUACAUCGUCUGGAUCUUCUUAUGUCCAUCGCCAACAUACACCUUCACAUGGACAUGGUUCCCGCCAUUUAGCUCAUCAUCACCAUAACAACAGUGUGUUUCCUCAAAGGACGAUAAAGGGUGAACCAUCUGACUCACUUGAAGAUGAUGCCAUCGAGGAAGCAGAGAGUUUUGAAAACAAAAGUCAAUCACGUAAUAAACCGCUGAUAGAACAAGCUUGCGACUCCUGCCGAAGAAGGAAAUUACGCUGUACAAAGGAAUUGCCCAAAUGUUCAAAGUGUAUGGAUCACGGCUGGGAGUGUGUUUAUUCACCCCGAGCUGUUCGAUCUCCGCUUACUAGAGCUUACUUGACUAAGGUUGAGAAUAGGGUGAAACAGCUGGAAACUUUUCUUUUAAAGGCAUUUCCUGGUGAGGAUUUAGAGCAGAUGCUAGGUGGGUUUUCAAGAACUGGCUCGAGCAUGCAGUCUCUGAGCAAUUCCCCGAACAUCAGCACAUAUUCAUUUCUCUCACAAAAUAAACAGAACUGUGAUAAUACAAGCAGCACGCAAACAUUGCAGGAUUUCUCACUAGAUGCUUCGUCAGCUUCGAUCUUCAAAAAAGAGACUCCCCAACAGAUCUCAUCCCGACUUCCAGAUGAAUUCAUGGUCACCGAUCUAUCUAAUAACACCAAUUUUGAUUGGUCAGAAGAUGAUGAAGAGAGAGAGAAAGGUUUGAUGCUGAACGGAUCACCGUCAUCUCCGUCGUCAAUAACAUCUUUCCACGAACCAAAGAAUUCGGUGAUCUCUUUCAACUCGCUUGACCACCUUCAUACAAGCCAAGCUCAGUCGUCGACUAUCAGCACAAAGACUAACAAUUCGUCUCUUUGUACUUCACCAUAUCUUAGGGCCGUUGCUCCUUCCUUUUCUACAGAUGGAAUGGGAGUCAAUCCCACUACCAAAUCAGGAUUUCUGGGCGUAGGAUCUUCUUCUUCAUUUUUGAGGGUCAUGAAGAUUGACAAGAUCGAUGAGGAAGAUGUACCAGAUUGUGUGAAUCCUGGCGCCACAGAUACGGACUUUGUCAUGGAUGAUUUCGAUCUGACAUCAUGCAACAACAAUUCUGAAACAGGAAAGCCUAUGAAAUCCCCACCGAACGUGACCAUGAAUCCUCAGAUCAAGAGGCAGAUAGUAGAGGGGUUGAAAAGGGGCCUAGACAACAUGGAACAGAAUAAAAUAGGCGAGGAGCUCGAGCAAUAUCUGAAUAUGAGGUCAACACAAGAAGAGUUCUUGCAAAGCUAUUUCAGAUAUUAUCAUACCUCCUAUCCCUUUAUUCAUAAGGAAACAUUCAUGAAACAUUACAGAAGACAGUUACCUGUAAAAAACGAGGCUCACUGGCUUGUUUUGUUCAACACAGUUCUUGCCUUAGGCUGCUGGUGUUUACAUGGGGAUCGUACUACCAUUGAUCUUGCAUAUUACCAUCGUGCUAAGAAAGCACUGAAUACAGGUGCCAACGUGUUUGAAUGUGGUAAUAUCAUGUUAUUGAGUGCCUUGAUCCUACUGAGCAAUUACUCGCAAAAGCGGAAUAAACCAAAUACCGGAUGGAAUUUUUUGGGCUUAGCAGUAAGGAUGGCAAUUUCUCUGGGAAUGCACAAAGAGUUCAAUGAGAAAUCGAAUAGUCGGGAAACUCGUAAAGAAGAUCUGUUGAAUCUUGAAAUCAAACGACGUCUAUGGUGGGGUUUGUACAUAUUCGACGCUGGAGCAUCUAUUACAUUUGGAAGACCAAUUAAUCUGCCUCCUCCAGAAGUUGUUGAUGUUAAGAUGGUAAGCAACAUAAAUGAUGAUGAGCUUUCUCAGAUCAUUGAGAACACGGAUGGUUGCAGUACUGUUACAGAGGAAAUGAUCAACAAACCAUAUCCCACAUUAUACUCCGCCUUGAUUGCGCAAACGAAACUGACUUUCCUUACUACACCAUUUUACUCAAAACUUAUCUCCAAGCCUGCUCCCACGUUACAGGAGUGUUUCAACAUGAACGCGACUUUGAACAAAUUCAUUGAUGAAUUGCCAGGCUAUUUUCAUGAGGAUGAGUCUGUUGCUAAACGAGAAUUUUUCAAGUCUUUACCAUCAAAUCUUCGUCAAUCGACGAAUGAAUCACAGCUACCUGAAUGGUUUUUGCUUUCCAGAAAUAGGCUCAUUUGGAGAUAUAGAAACAUGCAAAUAAUUUUGUUCAGGCCUUUUAUUUGGCAAAGAAUUGUGGGAGUUUCCAAUCCUGAAGUGAUGGAAAGCUGCAACACUGAGGAAGCCAAAGAAGGAAGAAGAGUUUGUCUCAAGGCAGCUUCUGAAACAAUCAAGUCAAUUGAUAAAUUUGUGAAGGAUAAUGAAUCUCAUCUAUCCAUCAUUGCCGUGUGGUACGCAACAUAUUUCUUGUUCCAGGCGGUUUUGAUCCCAAUAGCUUGCCUGUGUUCUGACUCUUCAUCUUCACAUUCCACUUCAUGGAUGGAUGAUAUCAAUCGCGCCAAAAAUGCCUUGCUAGUUAUGUCAAGAUAUAACUCAAUGGGGUCUAAGUUGACUAAGGUUAUAAAUAAGCUUCUGGGCCAAAAGUCAGCUUCUUCGAAAUCAAGGCAAACAGCACCUAACGAAAAACAAUUUUCUAGCUAUUCAGUUACGAAAGUCAACAGUGCAUCUUCGAACGAUUCUCUUUAUAGCCACCCAUCAAGUUGUUUUGCCAAUCAGAGAUAUCCGGCAACGGUGUCUUUUGAUGGACCAAAGCUUGCGAAAUCAACAGAACCGUCAAACUUCAUGGAUAACGUGACUGAAGAUAUGAGCGCCCAGAACAUGGAAUCAUUCAUGUCAUUGGACGCUUACUUGAAUCUUGAUACGGAAAACACCCCUGAUUCUGCAAUGUUUGACUUUGAAAAAAAGAGGAAACUAUCUGAUGCAGAAAAUGCGAAACCUUUCAACUCGUCUCGUACAUCGCUUUUCAACACAGGAAAUACAACUUCCAUUUCCAAUUCCGUUGACACUAUGAAUAAUUUCAACCUGGACCCUAGUUCAGAGCACAAGGAUAAGGAACAGCCUUCUGACAAGAAAGAGCUAUUAAAUGAUAUCUACUCAAUGCUCUUUGACGAAUUUACUGAUCCGAUGGCCUUUAGCAUCUAGCGGCUUAAUUAUGCUUUUAUGAUUACAUAAUGUUUAUAGAUAUAUAGUAA